GGGUCAAAGUGAAAGGUUACGUCGCACGUGUUUCGUUAAUCUGCGCACCUGCCGCGCAAUAGACACUUCCGAAACUCAGUUGUCUCGGCUCUGUGUCAUCCCGAGCACCAUAGCAUGAAAAGGGAAAACGUCGCGGUUAUCCAGUAAACAGAUCGCCAUCCGAACAUCGAAAACUGUCGGUUGCGAAUUAGUGCGGGGUGUGGUACGUACAAUUGCACGGGCGCGCACAACGUGUCUCCAGGAUCACGUCAAGUUUCCCAUUAGCUGACCGAAUAGGAAUAUGGCCGCCUGAAGAAGUGACUAUUUUCAUGUCUUUUGUUGUGUGAGGCGGCCGUAUCGGGGGCGAUCAUGGAACUGAGAGUGGGCAACAAGUACAGGCUGGGCCGCAAAAUCGGUUCCGGUUCCUUCGGCGACAUCUACUUAGGGACCAACAUAUCCACCGGCGAGGAAGUGGCUAUUAAACUAGAAUGCAUCAAAACGCGACACCCGCAGCUCCACAUCGAGUCCAAGUUUUACAAGAUGAUGCAGGGUGGAGUGGGCAUCCCGCAGAUAAAGUGGUGCGGCUCGGAGGGCGACUACAACGUCAUGGUGAUGGAGCUGUUGGGCCCGUCGUUAGAGGACCUGUUCAACUUUUGUUCGCGCCGUUUCUCGUUGAAAACGGUCCUACUGCUGGCCGACCAGCUGAUCUCGCGCACCGACUUCAUACACUCGCGCAACUUCAUUCAUCGCGACAUCAAACCGGACAACUUCCUAAUGGGACUCGGCAAGAAGGGCAACCUGGUCUACAUAAUCGAUUUCGGGCUGGCGAAAAAAUACAGGGACAGCAGGACCCACCAGCACAUACCCUACAAGGAGAACAAGAAUUUGACUGGUACCGCAAGGUACGCUAGCAUAAACACCCACUUAGGCAUAGAGCAGUCGCGAAGAGACGACUUAGAAUCAUUAGGUUACGUAUUAAUGUACUUCAAUAGGGGAUCGUUGCCGUGGCAGGGCCUGAAGGCGGCGACCAAACGCCAAAAGUAUGAAAGAAUCUCCGAGAAGAAGAUGUCCACGCCUAUCGAGGACUUGUGUAAAGGUUAUCCAGUAGAAUUUCCCACAUACUUAAUAUACUGCCGACAGCUGAGGUUCGAGGAAAGACCGGACUACAGCUACUUGAGGCAACUCUUCCGGACGCUCUUCCACCGACAGGGAUUCACAUAUGACUACGUGUUCGACUGGAAUAUGCUCAAAUUUGGUGGAUCUCGGGGCAGCCAUUGCGAAGAGAACACCGGUCGAUCGGGUGCGGGAGGGACGCGUUUCGGCGCGCAUGGUGCCGCCCCGGCGGACGCGGCGCCCGCCGUGCCGCAGCAGCCGCGACAAAGACGGCCGCCCCACGACGGGCGCAUGGACGUCAGCAGCGGCAACACGGCCGGUCCGCCCACCACGCUCGAGGACGUCAUCACCGGCAGUUCGCCACGGAUGUAUGAUAGUCACGAAAGGCGGGUAUCUAUGAGGCUGAGAGCGGGGCAAGGUGCCCCCAACGCCUCCACCUCGGACCUAAGCACAUCAAAACAGGCCAACGCCUCCGUAGCGGCAAUGGCGCCGCCCGCGCAGGCCACGACGGCGAUGCAGCAGGCGGGGGGCCCGGGGGCGCCGCCUAGAAGGGGUAGCGCCUCCAAGGACCCGCCGUCGGGACAGCGGGGCGUCGCGGCCGCCGAGGACGGACGUCAAGCGGCGCCGCGUGGCGGCCGUCACUGAUAGCACGUCGCGCCGGUGGAUGGGGAGGAGGAUUGUGUCGUCGACGGCGCCGUCACGCGCCGCACAUAGGUGGAGGUUCUUUCGUUUGGACGGCGUAUGGUCGACCGCAGGUGAAGCAUUGACCGCGGCCCGAUGUGGGGACGACACUUCUAACAGUACCUUGGUAGAGGCGACGGCGAUUGUUCACUUGUUAUCUGUCUUGUUUUUUUGUUUUGUUCUCUCGCACUGACGAGAAAAUCCGUUUGAAUAAACUUCGCAGAUAUUAUUGUUAAUUUUUAAGCGAUCUAGAUCUCCUUCCGAAUCCAAGUGCAAUACAAUGACUGCAUGACUCAAACAAAUUAAAUCAGUCGUCUCCACUUAGUGGAUGUGCACAGGUUUGUCGUGUUUCCGUUCGAUUUAUAAAUGUGCAAUUUAUGUUGACGUGUUCUUUUUUUUGUUUUGUUAAUCCGAGAAAACAAUUUGCAACGAUUUAAGAGAUUUAGACAAUUGUAUGUCGGUGUGAAUUGCAACAAAGGACUUGAAUUAUGAUAACAAACCUAGAUAUAAAUAUAUAUAUGAAUAUAUUUCAUUGGGUAAAAAAAAACUACAUUUGUACAUAUCUAGACUGAUAAAUUUUGUGUAUUUGUUGUAUAGAUAUAUCAAGUAUUUUUUCCGUUUAUAGUUUCAAGGGAAAAACUUUUAUAAAAUAAUAAUAAAGCGAAUGAAUAAUGAUAAAUGUUUACCAUUUUUGUAAUAAAAUAACAAAUUGAUUUCAAAUCACACAAAACAUUAUCAAGCAGAUUUUAGAUACGACAAAUCUGCUUGUUAGUUUCAUAUAAUAUAUACUUGUCAUUGUGAUAUGAUUUUUUAACCGUUGACAAUUAAUGUUAGGAUCUUGUGUUUGUUUUCUUUUUUUCAUUUAAUAUGGCCUCUGUGAGACUAUUUAUAUGUUUAGACUGUAAUGGCAUAUUUAAUGUUUUUAGUUGUUUAAUUGUAACAAAAAUAUCGAAGGAUACAUUAAUAAUUUGUAGUUAAUUUUUUAAGUAAGUUACAUUUAAUAUAGAUUGUGGAGUCUGUUCCUUUAUUAAUGUUACUUUCAACAAUCUUCACAUAAUAAACGAUUCAAAAGUUACCACUAUCAAUCAAUAGAUUGAUUCAAAUAAAUCAUCCAGUACAAAAUAUUUUCUGUAAACAAGACAUGUUGUAUAUUUGUUAAAUUUAACAUUGUAAUGGAAUUGACACCAAGUAAUUUAAUUUUGAAAUCAUUUCAAAUAUUUAUUUUUAUUAUUUUCUUGUCUAGGACUGUUACUUUUCAUUUUAAUGUGUUCUUUCGGUUAAAUUUUCGUUCCUAAAUAAUUAUUAAUUGCAUUCUACUAAAAACAUUCUCACAAUUUUUUCUCCAAAGAUGUGUAAAAAUUGCAUAAUCUAGUUAAUUUCUCAAGUAUCAUAAUUGUAAAAUACCAACCUGAAGGAGACAUCUGGUUUUCAUUAAACUAUUUUAUUAUAUUAUGUACAUAAUCCACAUAAAAAUAACUGGUCUUUUAAUUUGUUGUAAAUAUGAAUUCCUAGUUGGAAACAAAACAGUACAUUAAAACGCGAGAAAAAAAUAUUGUUCUGUUUUUGAUUGGUCAUUUACCGAAUGCCAUUGUUGUCUAUAAAUACAGAGUAGUUUAGAACACAUAUCCUGACAUGAAAUUAAUUUUAAACUACGUUCAGAUUGUGUUCUAAAUGGGACUGUAUUCGAAGCCGAUUCGAAUUGAUAUUAAUUUUAAGUACUUAUAGCGUUGUAUAAAAUAAAGCCUCAAACAAAAUGUUACGUUUAAUUAGCAAAUUUCUUUAUUUAUUUUUGAUUGACGCGGACAAUUUGCAAAACAACUUGAAUAUUUUUAUUGAUGUUUUGAAAAUUACCGAUACCAUACAAGUGUCAAAAUUAAGUAUACAUUAUCAGCGAUCGGUUCUAUAUUUUGCACUAUGUAUGUUAAUUAUAAAAAUAAAGGUCACUAAAAAGUUACUAAA